AUGGCUACCACAGGCAGAUCCUCUCUUCUUCCCUUCCCCUCCAAGCAUCGCGUCUUUAUCCUCACCGACAUCACAAAUGAGCCUGACGAUGCCGAGUCCUUCUGCCGCUACCUGACUUAUUCGAAUCAGUUCAAGACUGAGGGUGUUGCGGCCGUCACUUCAGUAUGGCUUCGAGAUACAGUUGCUCCGCACAAGCUGCAGGAGAUUGUCGAUGGUUAUGAGCAGGUUGUCGAUAACCUCAAUGCCCACGCACACCCCGACUUUCCUUAUCCCUCAGCCCAGGAGGUCCGAGGCCUCAUCAAGUCCGGCCCUCCAGUAUACGGUAUGGCCGCCGUUGGUGACGAUAUCCCACUUAGUGAGGGUGGUGAGCUGCUCCUCGAGCGACUGACCUCUCCCGACCAAGAUCCUCUCUGGGUCAUCGUCUGGGGCGGCGUCAACGUGCUAGCCCAAGUCUUGCAGCAUAUCCGCAACCGACCUGACGCUGCCGAACUGCGCUCCAAGCUUCGCGUUUACACCAUCUCUGAUCAAGACGACUGCGGCAGCUGGAUUCGACAACAGUGGCCUGACAUCUUCUAUAUCUGCUCCGUCCACGGCUGGAACCAGUACGGAAAUGCUACUUGGGUCGGCAUCUCGGGAGAUGUCGACGAGGGUGGCCCUGAUCCCAGCAAGGUCACCGCUGACUGGGUCAAGGAGAACGUGCAGCUUGGCCCUCUCGGAGCUGUUUAUCCCAAGCCCGCCUUCAUCAUCGAGGGAGAUACGCCCACGUUCCUCUAUCUCAUGCAGAAUGGACUCAACUUCCCAGAAGAGCCUUCAUGGGGUUCAUGGGGAGGCCGAUAUCUCCCUGCGAAUGUGAGCGACAAGGGCAUUCCUAACAGAGGCCACUUCUGUGAUGCCGCAGACGGCGUCGUCGGCUUGAAUGGCACACAGUUUAGGACAAACAAAGCCACCAUUUGGCGUUGGAGAAACACAUACCAGAACGACUUUGCUGCGAGGAUACAGUGGACAUUGACUCCAGAUUUCACAAAGGUCAACCACCAGCCUGUUGUUGCUGUUAACGGAGAGUUUGGAUAUAAGCCUUAUUACAUCGAGACCGAUGCUGGAUCGACCAUCACCAUCGAUGCAUCCAAGACAUAUGAUCCCGACGGUGAUAAGCUGUCCUAUAAGUGGUUCCAGUACCGAGAGCCUAGUGCCACCCAGACGUACCACGGCUACGAGGUGUCAGAGCUUGAUAUCAAGGAGGUUGAAGGCAGCGAUGGUAGCAAGGUUGAGGUCACCAUCGCGCCCCCAGAGAAGUCAUGCAUCGUUGUUAGGGAGCAGCUCUCACUUGAGAAGGGCUUGGUUCUGCACCUUAUCUUGGAGGUUACAGAUGCUGGCACCCCGCCCUUGACCAGCUACCGAAGAAUACUGAUUCAGCCUAUUAACCGGCAAUACAAGGGGCCGGGUGUUGCUAAGAAGUUGGACGAUGAGGAGCUUGCGGCCAUGAUGAAGCCUUGA